AUUUAACGUAUGUCGUUGUUUUCACCCGGACAAACAUUAUUCCCAGUUAUGGCAACCUGCACGCGGACUGUGUGGAAAGUUUUAGCAGGAUGUCAGAGGCAGCUGCUGAGCACCGGCGUUCCUGCAGGUGUAUCGCCGUCUGCAUCGAGGACGCUUCCUGUCAGGACUUUUGCGGCUCUCAGGUGGCAAAGGAAAGAAAAGAACGCUGAAGAAGAGAAGGAAGUAAAGAAGGAAAAGAAGGUCAUCGAUGACAAAGACAGACACAAGCCUUAUGGGAAGACGGCGUGGGUGCCUGUGGACGACGUCUAUGUCAUAAGAUACUAUGCCUUGCCCGUCCACGCCGCGACAAACGCCAUCGAAAUGCUGAAGAACUUUCAGGCGCUGGACUUCACGCCCCCCAAUCAGCCCGUUUACAUCGACCUGAAGCUCAAAAUGCAGCUGGAGAAAAAGAAAAAAAUCGACCCCUUCGUCAGCACCGUGCACCUUCCUCACCCCUUCAAGACGGAGCUCAACAAAGUUGUGGUUUUCACCGAGGUAAAAAAAAAACAACAACAAAGAAAUGAAAGCGACGACGUGUGUUUUGAUGCCUUCUUGGUUCGUUUCCAGAUCUUGGAUGACAAGAUUUCCGCAGAUUUCUACAUAGCAGUUCCAGAUAUUCUGCCGAAGCUCGUGCCGCUGAAGAACAAGCUGAGGAAGAAGUUCCCCAAGAACAAGAGAGGUACGGUCGGCAUCAACAUCCCCAAGAUGCUGGAGCUGUUCAAGGUGGGCCACGAGUACCUGGUGGAGAGCGACUGCUACGUCCGGACGCAGAUCGCGACGCUCAACAUGCCCAGCGACCACAUCUUCUCCAACCUGCAGACCGUCCUGGCCGACGUCUGCACGCACCGACCUGCUGACAUGGGACCUUUCAUCGAGCGAUCCAUCAUAACCAGUAGAACCAGCGAAGCCGUUUGGUUCCACAGCGAAGACGUUUUACCGAAACCAGCAGAGACCGCCAAGGAGUCAAGUUAAACCCUGUAAAUAUGAUCAAUAUGUUCAUGUCCUGAAUAAAGAGUUGGAUCCUGA